CAUUUUAGCGUCACGAACCCGGAAGUGGGUGCGUCGUUGUUUUUAUUCCCCUGUCUGUUUCUCAACAUGAGAGAGGCCAACAUGGCUGAACCUGUGAGCAUCGGGGCUCUGCUCCAGUCAGAGAUCGUCGAGGACGCUUUGUACCGGGAGGAAGGCUUGUGUGUUGUCGGUAUUUUCGGUAAAAGCAACAUGCAGGCCGGGCCGCUGAAGGAGUCUCUGGUCAACACUCUGGCGGAUAAACACCUCUUCGCGCUGUUCGGCGGCCCGGAGGACGGCGGCACCGCGGACAGCCACAUCCAGGCUUUCUACAACCAGGAGGACCGGGUGCUGUACCUGCUGCUCUCCUCCGUCUGCGACAGCCGUCAGCUGCUGCGGGCCUGUCAGACUCUCAGUGCCGGCGCCGGACACUCCGACGCCCAUGACUUCUGGAAAGGCCUGGAGAUGCAGCACUGCCUCCACCUGCUCUACAUGUUCUCCGUGUGCCACGUCCUCCUGCUUGUCCAUCCCAACCAGACCUUCGACGUGACCUACGACCGCUUCUUCCGAGCCCUGGACGCCCUGCGACAGAAGGUGCUGCCUAUGAUCAGAGCUGCCAUCAAAGAUUGUCCGGUGUCCAAGGAGUGGAAGGUGAACUGUCGGCCCUGCCCUCCGCGCCUGCUCUUCGUCUUCCAGAUGAACGGAACCCUGAAGGUUUCUGCCAAUGGUUCAGAGUCUGGAGGAAACCCAGACAAACCCAAAAAGCACUCACCCAGGAGGAGGCUGCAGCAUGCACUGGAGGACCAGAUUUAUCGCAUCUUCCGUAAAAGCAGAGUCCUCACAAACCAAAGUAGCAACUGUUUGUUCACCGUGCCCGCCAACCAAGCAUUUGUGUAUGUGAUACCAGCCACGGACGAGGACCCCGUGGGAACAUUGCUUGCUCAGCUGCGGUCAAACUGCAUCUUGUGUGAGCAAGACACCACCACGGUGGUGAGAGGGCCGAGGCGUUAUCAGCAGAUGCGACGUUCGGCUCGGCAGGCCAGCUGCAGCACAGACUCAGGCAUCCCGCCGUUGGGCGGUCAGCUGGUGGACUGUAGCUUGAAGGAGUUCCUCUGGCAGCAUGUAGAGCUCGUGCUGACCAAGAAAGGCUUCGAUGACAGUGUUGGUCGCAACCCACAGCCUUCGCACUUUGAGCUGCCGACCUACUCCAAGUGGGUCCAGGUGGCCUCCAGACUCCACCAUGUCCUUAUUACCACCACAGACGAAGAAAUGGCUGAACUAGCUACGAAAGUACAAAGCCAGCUGAAGGUUUUGGAGGGUUUUCUUGAAGCUGACACAAAGUUUUCUGAGAACAGGUGUCAGAAAGCCCUGCCACUGGCUCACAGCGCUUACCAGUCCAACCUUCCCCAUAAUUACACCACUACAGUGCACAAAAACCAGCUGGCACAGGCUCUGCGGGUGUACAGCCAGCACGCUCGCGGCGUGGCGUUUCAGCGCUACGCUCUGCAGCUUCAUGAGGACUGCUACAAGUUCUGGAGCAACGGCCACCAGCUGUGUGAGGAGCGAAGCCUGACUGACCAGCACUGUGUUCACAAGUUCCACCUACUGCCUCAGCCAGGAGAGAAGCCGGAUAUGGAUCGCAACCCCCCCAUACUGAACCACAACAGCAGGGGGCGCUCCACCAGCUCCUGCAACUGUGGCAGGAAACAGGCUCCUCGUGAGGAUCCGUUUGACGUCCAGGGUGCCAAUUAUGACUUCUUCCAGAUUCUGGAAGAGAAAUGCUGCGGGAAGCUGGAGAGGAUCGAGUUUCCAGUAUUCCAGCCCAGCACUCCUGACCCAGCCCCAGCCCCAAACCAGCCUCAGCAGCUCCCAAGUGAGGCCUCGGAGUCUGGUGAGGCUGAGAAGCUGAAGGAGCCGAGCACUACACAGAGUCACACGCCCGCAGACACCAGCCUCAGCCUGGCCCUCAGUCUCGGCCAGUCCACGGACAGUCUGGGUACCUUUGGUGAAGGAGACGGAACCGAAACCCAAGUUCAGCCGAAGAGGCCGAGCCUGGUGGACCGACAGCCCUCCACUGUGGAGUACCUCCCUGGUAUGUUGCACUCUGGCUGCUCGAAGGGUCUGCUACCCAAGUUCUCCAGCUGGUCACUGGUCAAACUGGGAACAGCAAAGUCCUACAACUGCCACACAGGUCUGGAACAGCCAGGCUUCCUCCCCGGCUCCUCCUUCCUCUUGCCGUGGGACUUGGUCAUUCGCUCCCGGUCAGAGGAGGAUACGGGACUGACGGAGCCUUUGGAUGGAGGCUCGUCUUCGUGGCCAGCCCCUAACAAGACCCUGGUGGGAAAGCGAGGGAGCACUGGAGGGCUGGGUAGGAGUCGCAGAAGGGAUGAUAUGGCUCGAGCGUUCGUGGGGUUUGAGUAUGAGGACAGCAGGGGAAGACGCUUCAUUAGCUCCGGGCCUGAUAAGAUAGUUAAGGUGCUGGGGCCAGGGGGCGCCAAAGAUCCCGCCACCAGGGUGCUCAACACAGACAUGCCGUUGUACAUCCCUUCGCCUUCCCAGGGCCGCGGCCUGAAGCCUCACUACGCCCAGCUGGCUCGCCUUUUUAUUGUGGUGCCGGAUGCUCCGCUGGAGGUCACACUCAACCCACAGGUACAGCCCGGUCUCCCUCCCUGCCCAGUUUUCCAUCCAGAGAAGACGGAGAUAGUGUUGCCCUCCGACAGUCUUUGGGUGCUGCGGUUCCCUUAUUCCUACGCAACAGACCACGGCCCCUGCUACCCACCCAAAGAAAACCAGCCUCUCAACAACUACAAGGUGCUGCGAGGCAUCCUGAAGGCCACCACUGCUAACCCGCCACCACAGUAACCUGAAGGACUUCACCUCUCUGCACCCCGUCUUCAUUCAUUUACACCUGCUCACUAGGGGUGUGUGAUAUAUAUCGUCUACGAUAAUAUCUUAAUUGUUGUUUUAGCGAAGUGCGAGCUCACGUUAUCGAGUAUUAUCGAUAAUGAUGAUCCAUGCGCCACGGAUUCACGCUCCGCUUGUCAAUGUAUUUCGCCGCUUUAGAUGAUAAUGAAAGACAUUCAGGUCAUUGACGGGUUUUUCCACCAGAAAACAGACUUGACUGAGCGACGCUGGCGUCUCUGACUUGCUACAGUUUAAAAGUUGAUUUGUUUGUCGCCACAAUAUCAACACUUAUUCUCACGUAAUGAUCGAUUCUUUUAUUAAUGAGUUAAAUCUUUCUUCAGAGCAGCGCAUUCAUCAGCCGCUCGCUCGCUCUUGUCCUCUCUCUCACACACUCGCAAACAAAUAGUGUGAUCGGGCACAUGUGUAAACUCAGUCUGGGUAAAAACAACAGACUUUAUGAACUUAGUAAAUGUAUGGAGGUGGCGGGGAGCGCUCCGUUUGGUUUGACGCACAGCGCGAAUGAUAGACACAGAGAAGCAGUAAAUUAUUGACAGAGCUGCUAAAGACUGUAAAAAAAAUAUGUCACAGUCCAAACAUAUAAGAAAAGACCCACAUUAAAACUGUAAGUGAUCUUAGUGGAGCUGUGUAUGGCUCCCUGGUGUCUGCCCCGGACUUGGUGGCACUGUGACCAGGCUGUGUGCCUUCUCCCGGCUGUGGAGCUGUGUGUGUGUGGUCUCUGCGUCCAUAGCCAGGGACUGUUUAUGUUUAUUUAUCGGAAGACAUCAUCAUCGCGAUAUUAAACAACGUUAUUGAUAUCGCAUGUUUUCCUACUAUCGCACACCCCUACUGCUCACACAGGUUGAGACAUUUUAAUUGUAUCGUCUCCCUGCCCGUUGCAGGGUCAGUUGGUGACAUCCCCUGGUGAGAUCUUCUGUUUUGCUCCAUCAUUAGAUAAACAUCUCCCCCCCAAGGGUCUCGUAAACUUAUUUCUGUAUUCUCAUUAAAUGAGCUGUGAACGUUCACAGCCUCCACGGAAUUGGCCGUAUUGAUUUUGAGAACCUCAUGACCAACAGUUUUACUGAAGUCUUGGCACUUAGGAACAAUUAUGACCAUGUCAUUAUUCUAAUUCUUUCUCUCGGGUCCAAUUUGAGUGUUUGUAAACCAGUAACUUGUAUCUUGUGUCACAGAACUUUGCAAAUGUCGCAGUUUACAGGGUCGGGUCUGAUGAACCAAGGUCAGCAGCAGAAAACUGAGAAGCCAUUAAGGCUGAGGCUGAAGUGCUUUCUGCUUCAUGUGCAGUAUCUGAAUAGUUCCACAACUCAAAAACUGCGACAUUGAUGACUAUUAACAUACCAGAGCACUGGAUACUGGAGGAGAACAUGUCGAUUUUUUUGGUAAAUAAAAAUAACGAGGUCAAUCUGUGUCAGUUACUAUCGUCACCAAGGAGAUUGUUUUCAUCUGCGUUUGUUUGGUUGUUGGUUAGCAAGAUUGCGCAGAAACUCCAGGAUAGAUUACCACGAAUCUGUUGGGUCGGGGAAGAACCUAAUACAUUUUGGUGCGGAGAAUAACUUAUGGGUCUUGAUAAAAAAACAACAGGCUUGUUUUGGGGACUGAUAUUUAUGAGUCGGUGCAGAUUCCAAAAAUUUUGAAUGUUAUGUGAUAUCUUAAAUACUCGUGAACAAAGUAUAAACUCUAGAUCUAAUUUGUAAUACUUUGACAAAAUCAUCAUUUUUAUUGACUCAAAUGAGGAAAUGAAACCACACACCUGGAUCAAUACUUGAAGUGAAUAAAUAUCGGCCUUAAAGAGAAAGAGGCCUGCAUUCAGCGUUUUGUUCACUAGGGGGUGUUGGGCUCCUUCAUCAUGAUUAAGUCUACUCAUCUUCCCUUGAUGGAGACAAAUGACCCUUUUAAAUCUAAAGAGCGAGGCCUCACAACAGAGAGAUGGGUCAUGAGGGACUUCUGUAUUAUCUUUCAGUCCACAUGAGAAAAUGACGGAUCACAUGUUGUGCAGUUCAGUACAAUUGAUGUCACAUAAUCCCAAAGACAUUUUCUGUAUAAUCCCUGUGCUGGCUUGAAAAUGUGCUGGCUUGAAAACAGUUGAUUAUUAAGUUUCAUACUAAUGCGACAAGAGUUUUUUGGAAUAACUUCGGGAGGCUCGCUCCAGAGACACUUAAGAUAUUAUGCAACUUUUUUCACAGGCUGAGUAACAGUGACGAGUAAACUGAACCUUGUGUAAAAUCUGUUUACAUCCACUUCUGUCGUCUUUCUCUUGUUCUUUCAGUAUUAGAAGACGAUGUAUCGAUUAAAUAACAACUAAAUAAA